CAGUUGUUCAGGCAGAAUCAGCUGUUUUCCCAAAGUGUUGUUCAAAGUAAAUUUUUUGCAGUAAAUUUAAAUAAUAAUUUAGUAUAUAUUUAUCAUGUGCAACGGCUAUUACAUAGCGUAACGCUCAACGGAAGCCGCAAUGCAUUUGCGACCGCGUUGUCGCGAAUGGCUGCCACUGGCAACGCAACAACUGCGACUCCGCAACCUGGCGCGCAUCCAAGGAGUAAACAUUAAGUGCAGCCCAGACGCCGGCGAGGACAUUGCCGCGGAGGACUACGAAUUGCUUAUCUACUACACACUGCACGCUGAUAAGGCUAGUGAUGCGUUCUAUACCAGCGAGGCAUUGCCGCAGCGCCAUCAGCAGCAAAAGUGGGCGGAAAUCUGUGCGGGCGACGCCGUCUGGCGCAAAUCCAAUGCGCAAUGCGUCUGUGUGAAGGUCUGGGCGCAGUACCAGCCGACCGCCCAGUGGCCCAGUGGGCCAAACGAGAAUGCGCAGGCCGCGGAGUCGGCGCCAAGUGCGCAGCUGACGCAGCGCUUGCCCAACGUGCAGUUGACGCCCCACACGCUGCCACGCCCACCGGAGCUGUUGUUCAGCUGGGGUGUUUAUUUUUCUGGCCUCAUACCUCUGGCCCCACUUUCAUUCGCUAACUGUCGAGCGAACUGUUUGAUCUUUUAUCUAAACGGCGAGCAUUUUACCUCCCCAGAGCUGAUCAGCGAGCAGGGUCUGCACGCCCAGCUGCGUCUGCAAUACGAGCGCUACGCCGACUACGACAAUAAUGAACGGACUGCGCCGAGUGAUGGCGGUAUUAAUUCACCGCCCGUGAGUCGCAGUAGCAGCCCCGUGCUUCAGAUGACCACGAUGCGCUACGCGCACCUGAGCUGCCAGCGAGACAACAUGCGCCGCAGCUACAACUUGGAGAAUCUGUUGAUGCUGCAGCGGCGACAGCGAGACAAGCUCAAGAAGCUUGGCGACUUGGUGGAGCUGAACACCGAAAUCGCGCGUCUCAGCGUUCGUUGCAUCACACGCAACGAGCUGAGACUGAAGCCGCGCACCACCUCUAUCUCUGGCUCGUCGUAUGGCAGUCAGCUCUCGCAACGUAAUAAUCAUUCCAUGGGACGGAAGCUGAGCGUGCUUUUGGCCGAGCAACAUGAGAUAGCACCCCUCACGCUCUACAGUGCCCAGCAGCUGAUGCAGCAGAUCGAGACAUUGCGCUGCAAGCAGCGUUUGUUACAGACUGAGCGCUCCACCUGCCAGGAGCGCAAUGCGGGACGAAAGGAGUGCCUACAGGUGCUGCGAGAGCAGCGAGAGGAGCUGCAGAUAAAACUGCACAAUCAGCGGCUGCAACUAGAGCAAGAGCGUCUGGAGUUCCGCACACAGCUGCCCCAGCAGCUGGCACAGCGCGACCAGAAGCGUCAAGUCAUACUGCAGCUGGAGCGUCGCAUGUCCACGUUGGUGCUGGAGCUUCAGGAGAUCUACAAUAUCAAGAGCUUGGGCGUGCAACAGUUCAGCAUUUGCGGCAUCGCCUUCCCCCAUAUGGAGCAGUAUACGAGUGAAUCGCGGCAGGCAGCUAAUGCACAGCUGUUGGGCAAUGUCUCGCCGCUGGCGGUGAGCGCAGCGCUCGGCUAUGUGGCGCAUCUGGUGCAGAUGCUGGCCUUCAUUAUGGAUCGACCGCUGCGCAAUCCUAUUUUCUAUGAGCCGUCGCGUGCUCGCAUUGUCGACGAGAUCAAGGAGCUCACCUAUGCGACACGAGAAUUUCCUUUGUAUACGCGCUCCAUUCUGCCAUCUCAACAAACCAAGUACGCCAUCUAUUUGCUGCGGCAAAACGUUUCUCAGCUGUGCUACGACAUUACGGGACGCUGUGAUAUGCGCAACACAUUUGGCAAUCUAAUGGACCUUUUCGAUACGCUGCGCUACAUCGAGCGCACCCAACGCGAUGAGAUCGAUAACGGCGAGAAAUUGUCCACGAGUACGGCGAGACAUGUGAACGGCUUGACCGCGGCGGUGGCCAACUCACAACUAUCGCAAUCGCAUUCAUCAGUGGACAUGAAUCAUGUGCCGCUGCCAACAUCGGCAAAUGCGGCCAAAGAUGCAUUGCUACAGCAUUUGCUGCCUUCGGGCGUCAGUCAAGCUCUGGCUAUCGAGGGCUAUGCGUCAACGCAGCGCAUCUGCCGCUCUGUGGGCUCCUAUUCCGAUGGGGAGGAAGAUUUUCGGCCCAGGCUGGAACAGAACUAUUCAAAUUCAGACUCAAACAUUACACUUCAAACGGAGCGCAGAUAGAACAUGCGUUAUCACGCUGCGGAGCAAUAUAACCCUAAUAUAUAUACAUAUAUAUGUAAUACGUAUACAUGAUAAUAAUACAACUAUCCAUAUUUAUGUAAACUAGCGUAAAACCCUCAAGAAAAUCAAACAACCUAUUGAAGCGUUACGUAGCGCUGCGUUGCGUUUUAGCAAAAUUAUAUUUUUAUUAGACCGCUUUAAACGUAUUAUGUGCUUGAAAC